GCGGCGGCGUCUCCGGAUUCCGACUGCGGCCCAGCUGAGAGCGAGGCCAAUUCCAAGUGGCUGGACGCGCACUAUGACCCCAUGGCCAACAUCCACACCUUUUCCUCCUGUCUGGCGCUGGCCGAUUUGCACGGGGACGGCGAAUACAAGCUGGUGGUGGGGGACCUUGGACCCCGGGAGCAGCAGCCCCGCCUGAAGGUGCUCAAAGGACCGAUGGUGCUGACCGAGAGCCCCCUGCCUGCCCUGCCGGCCGCCGCCGUCACCUUCCUUAUGGGGCAGCAUGAGCCCCGGACGCCGGCGCUGGCCCUGGCCUCCGGCCCGUGCGUCUACGUCUAUAAGAACCUCAGGCCCUACUUCAAGUUUAGCCUGCCGCCAUUGCCUGCAAACCCCCUGGAACAAGACCUCUGGAACCAGUCCAAGGAGGACCGGAUUGACCCCCCAACACUGAAGGAGAUGCUGGAGGGCAUCCGGGAGAAAGCCGAGGUGCCUCUGUCAGUGCAGUCGCUCAGGUUCCUGCAGCUGGAGCCCAGUGAGAUGGAGGCAUUUGUGAGCCAGCACAAGUCCAAGGUCAUCAAGCGGCAGACGGUCAUCACCACCAUGGCCACGCUGAAGAAGAACCUGGCUGACGAGGGUGCCGUGUCCUGCUUGGUGCUGGGCACCGAAAGCAAGGAGAUCCUGGUGCUGGACCCUGAGGCCUUCACCGUGCUGACCAAGAUGAACCUCCCCAGCAUCCCCGCGUUCCUGGACAUCACCGGCCAGUUCGACGUGGAGUUCCUGCUGGCCGCUGCCUGUCGAGACGGCAACAUCUAUGUUCUGAGUAAAGACUCCAAGCGCCCCAAGUACUGCAUUGAGCUGAGCGCCCAGCCCGUGGGGCUCGUCCGGGUACAUAAGAUCCUGGUGGUGGGCAGCACCCAAGACAGCCUGCACGGCUUCACCCACAAGGGCAAGAAGCUCUGGACGGUGCCGAUGCCCGCGGCCAUCCUGACCAUGAACCUCCUGGAACAGCGCUCCCGGGGCCUGCAGGCUGUCAUGGUGGGACUGAGCAACGGCGAGGUCCGCGUCUAUCGAGACAAGGCCCUGCUUAACAUCAUCCGCGCCCCGGACGCAGUCACCAGUCUCUGCUUUGGCCGCUAUGGGCGGGAAGACAACACCCUCGUCAUGACCACAAAAGGCGGUGGCUUGCUCAUCAAGAUCCUGAAGCGCACGGCUGUGUUUGUGGAGGCAGGGGGUGACGCGGGCCCCCCACCCGCCCAGUCCCUGAAGCUCAGUGUGCCCCGGAAGACCCGCCUCUACGUGGACCAGACCCUGCGGGAGCGAGAGUCUGCCACCGCCAUGCACCGAACCUUCCAGACAGACCUCUACCUGCUGCGUCUGCGCACCGCCCGGGCCUACGUGCAGGCCCUCGAGUCCAGCCUGAGCCCCGUGUCUGCCACGGCCCGGGAGCCGCUCAAGCUGCACGCAGUGGUCCAGGGCCUGGGCCCCACCUUUAAGCUCACACUGCACCUUCAGAACACCUCGGCUGCGCGGCCCAUCGUGGGGCUGCUGGUCUGCUUCGUGUACAGUGAGGCGCUCUACGCCCUGCCGCGGGCCUUCUUCAAGCUCCCCUUGCUGGUGCCGGGGCUCCUCUACCCCGUGGAGACCUUGGUGGAGGGCCUCAGUGACAAGGGCGUCUCCGACAUCAUCAAGGUGCUGGUGCUCCGGGAAGGCCAGGGCGCACCCCUGCUGAGCGCCCACAUCAACAUGCCUGUGAGCGAGGGGCUGGCCUCCACCUGACGUAAGCCUGCUCCCAGGACCCGGCACCGCCCACCUGCAGCAUUCCCUCACUCCUCAGCCCCUUCCCCCACCCCCACUGCUGUGCCUGCCCAGUGAGGCCCCAGGGGCUUCCUCAGGAACCACCCAGCAGGAGGGGGUGCAGGGGAGGCCAGCCCCACCCUGGGCUGCUUCCCUCAGGCCCAUCCCUCGUCUUCAUGCUCCAGUGCCCCUAGUCAGGUGACCAGGUGGCCUCACCUUCUGUUCCGGAAGCUUCUCUGAAGCCCUCUGAUGCCCCUGGGGGCUGUGAAGGGAGGAAGAGGUGCAGUGGGACAGGGGGCUGCUGAGCAAGGAGCUGAGGGCUCAGCUGUCCCACGUAGACACCACGCCCAGCAGAGGGAGCUCAGCCAGACAGUGGGGCUUUCCCGGCCCUGGGGGUGGACAGCACCACGGGCAGUGGAUCUAACUGGAAGGCGAGAGCCAGAGGGCUCACCCUGAGCCACCUGCGCACCAGGAACGUGAGCUGCCUGCAAGCGCCCGGGCACACUGGGCAGCUAGGGGAUGAUCAAGGCCCCCAGGAACGUGGGCUUGGGCAAGGUGGCCACGGUCAAAUGAAGGCUUUAUACCAGACUUUUCUAGCCCCCAUCUCUGACGCCCCUCAGCUGGGCAGGCCCUGGGGAGGAAUUGAGGAGCUGGCCCCAGAAAGGUGAUGCUGACCAGUCACUGACCGGUUUUUGUCCUCAAGCCAAGGGCCCUGAGCUGGUUGUCACGACCCAGCGGGAGAGAGGGUGACAGCUCCACCCCCACCCCACCCCCAGCCUAAGCCCUGGUGAGAGAAGUGAUGGUCGGACCGUCCCCCUCCCUGCAGGCCUGCUGCUCGCUGACAGAGCAGUUGGGUUCAGACGGUGACACCUUCAGGUGAAGCACAGCUAGGCCAACUGGAGCCCGGCCUGGAAGGGCCUGGAGGUGCAGGGAGGGUCGCUCUGGGGGUCAGCGGUCAGAGGUGCUACUUGACCAUCAGAACUUCCUAGCAGAGGGAGCUCAGCCAGACAGAAGAGGCUGCCCAGGGCAGUGACUCACACCCUGGAGCUGGGCAGGCAGGGGCCAUGCUGUCACUUGGAGGUCAGUGUGCUGGGUCCAAUGACUGGACGAUCCCUCUCACCCAACUGACACAACUUGCAAACUGCGGCCUUGGAACGAGCAAGCCUGCCCUGAGCCCUGUGGAUAAGUGCAAGGGGAGACCCUUCCAACGGGAGGCGGCUUUAUACUGGAGCACUUUGUUGUCCCCAGUUGCUCUCAGGUGGAUUCCGAUUCCUGGCGCCCUUGCGUGUGCAGAGUACCACGGCUCCUCUGGGUCUGCACAGUGGUGACAUCUCGAAAUGAGAUUGCGAGGCCUGUCUUUCGAGGCUCUUCUGGGUGGGCCCCCAUUGCCAGCCGUUCAGCUGGACAUCAAGUACUUACCUGUCCGCACCAGCCAGGGGCUCUGCAGUACCGUGCCCCCGUUAUUAAACGUGUGUGCAUGUGAGCAGCACUGCGUGGGCAAGCAGACUGGAAGUAAGGCAAAGCCAGAACCAGCGAGCGGUAACCAUUGCCCACACUGGCUAGACGCCAGGGAGCCGUGUCCACUCGGGAGGAGGGCGUUAGAGAGUCAGUGUCUUUUGAUGCUGAUCAGGACCCACGCAGGGACGUAGCACGAGGGGGCUCAGGGGUUUCCAGCAUCCAGUAAACGAACGGUCUGCGCUGCUACGCACAGCCGGCCUUUAGCUGUUUGUCCUCCUCUCGGAGCCCACGGGCGGCUGUGUCUUGGGCUUGUGGGGUCUCUGUUGACGCCUCAUUCUCGGAGGACGUGGGACAGCUCCCGAUCCCCUCCUCCCAGCCCCGACUUCCAGGUGGAAAAGCAAAUAGAGUCUUAUUUCAGGAGACUGUGGUGGGGGUCUGCCUUUGGGAAUUUCCUCCCCGGUUUUUUCUCUGUUCUCUGGCCCAGCAUCUGGUCCACAGUCGCUCCAGACAGAACAGCACCACAGCUCGGAUUCUCUUAUCUCCUCUGACCCUUGGCUUCCGAUUCCUGGGAGAUUUUGACCUUCCAGCUCUCCCGGAUUUCAAAAAUCAUAUGUAUUUUCUUUUCACUUUCCAACUGUCCUCUUCAAUCCUUGUUUGUUUUCUCAAAAUGCAUUCUCUUCCUAUCUGCGAACAUGAUCUCCUCCUUUUAUUCCUUGCAUUAUCAUUGUUUCCUCUGAGUUGCUUGUUUGUUGGCUUCCAAGAUAGGGAGCCUAAACUCAGGACGCCGACCAUCUUACGUGCACAGUAUGAAGGUGAACCGAACUAUCCCACCUCCCCAGCCCCCAGACCAGCACGGAAGACGGCCUGUCUGUGAGCGCAGUGCUGGGUCAAAGUGGGAGGGGACUGCUCUCCAGGUUUUAACUUGCCUGACUUAAGAGUUUGCAAUUAGAUGGACAAUAACUUGGUGGUCCCGAAGAGCCCCCUCAACCGGGACAGGGUUGCUGUACCGUCAGGCAGCUGAGACGAAGAUGUGCCCUUUCUGGAUAAUUUAUUUUGAACUCAACCCCCUAGGAUCCCUCUUGAUAAGAUUCCAGGAAAUAGGAACGGACCAAGGCGCAAGGGAAGAAAGCGCGAACAGGAGCGAGGAGAAGCAGCCUGCGCUCGCGGGGCAUGAAGCCCAUCUUCUUAUUUUAAAAUAUAUUUAAAGGAAACAGGAACCUUAAAACUGAGCUGAAACCUAAAGUGAUUUCCGUGCUUUUAAUAUUUUCUGCCUUUCGACUGAGAUUUUUCUGUGUGUUAGCUAGUCGUUGUUGGGGUGUUUUGUUUUGUUUUUUGCUUGUUUGCUUCCUGCCAGUUUUGUAUGAUUUUCUGUGUGUGAAAUGCAGGACAGGUGGGUCUGUAGAGAUGUUUAGACAGUAAUUGGAUGGCGCGUGGCAGGGAGGAUGGGGGAAAUGGGGAGCUAACAAUGAGUAGAGAAGACAAUGUUCUGAAAUUGUGGGGAUGAUUGAACCAGUCUUACUUUGAAUGAUUAAAUUGUCCAGUAUGUGAAGUAUAUGCCAAUAAAACUAUUUUUGAAAUGAGCUGAAGGUAAGGUUA